AUAUGAGACCUACCAAAAAGGUCACAGCUCUUAUUCACUUGGACAGUGGAAUCGGUGAGAAAUGGAAGCAUAUUUGGUUUUAAUAAGCCUGCUCUCCAUGAGCAGUCUCUCCUUAAGCCAAGAUUGUGUACGAGAUUUAUUGGAGAAUGUAGACUUUCCGGGGACAGACAUCAAAUUCCAGUAUUCUCCUGACGUGGAGCACUGUCAGCACCUGUGCACUCAGCAUCCUUCUUGCCUUUUCUUUACUUUUGUACGCGCUGACUGGACCAACGACAAAAGACACUUCUACUGCUACCUCAAGUCGACUCCCUCCGGGCAGCCCAAUGUUCAGUUGCCCCUUCUGGGUGUCACCUCUGGUUUUUCCCUCAAAUCCUGCAGCCCAGACACACAGCCUUGUUUGUCUCGCGUGUACCAGAAUGUGGACUUUUACGGUGCGGACUAUCGGACCUUGUUCACAGCAGACUACGAAGAGUGUCAGCGAGUGUGCACUCAAGACACCUCCUGCCAGUUCUUUACGUUUGUUAAUGAUGUCUUCACACCUCAGAACAUCAGGUAUAAGUGCCACCUGAAGUUCAGCUGGCCUUUACCGAGGACCUUAAACGUCAACAGGAAGGCUGGCUUGGUGUCCGGCUUCUCACACAACACCCAGCUUACUCCGUACUUUGACAAAGCAUGUUCCACGAAGCUUUUCCCGAGCACCGCCAUCCCAGGCAACCCCUUACAGACGCACCCUGCCGGCUCACCUGAGCACUGUAUGGCGUUGUGCUCCGCACACCCAAGUUGCACCUACUUCUCUUUCUACAGCAAUGAUCUCAUCUGUCACCUGAAGAGCAAUCCCAAUGAAAUGGUGAUGAAGGCUGAAGUAGGUGUAACAUCCGGGAUAGCGACACACUUUUGUCAGCAAGAUACCGACUGGGCAAAGAGAGCUCAUGAAGGAGUCGAUUUCCAAGGUUCAGACAUCCGCUUUGAGCUGAUGGAUGAUGCGGAGACGUGCCAGAAGAUGUGCACUGCAGAUCAGAACUGCCAGUUCUACACCUACGUCAAUGACAGCUUCUUUGAUUCUGAUUUCUGGCGGCGCUGCUAUCUCAAACGUGUCAUCACCAUGCCGGCUCCUCCCAAGAUUGCCAAACUGGCCAACGUGGUGUCUGGCUUCACCUUGAGGGGCUGCGUUUAAAUGUCUUCUUAACACAGUCGUCAAGUAAACAUUGUUUCAAUGUGAUCUUUUUAUUCACUGAAGGUGAGUCGUAUUUCCACUGCAGCCUAUGCAGCCAUACGGUGAUCUGGAGAUCUGAUUAGAACAUGUAAGGCAGGUAAAUGAUCACAAGCCACCUUAUGCUGUGCUCCCUUUUUGGCAGCAGAGGUUGCUCAACUCAAAUAAACAACUCGGAUUAUA